AUGGCCUUUGAUGGCCGCGACGGCUUCACGGGGGCCCACGAUGCCCCCGAGCCGCGGCCAAGGGUACGGGGCAGACGGCCCGUCACCGACUAUGGCGCAACCAUCGUCCACUGGAUGCGUCAUCGCCAGCCCAGAUAUAAGGGGUCCUAUGCUGGCGAGAUAGAACGCCCAAGCCACAGCUAUAUUGUUGAUAUGCUCCCUCCCCAUGCCAGGAUAACAAGCCCAGCAGACUCGGUGCCAACAAGGCACCUGCACUCCUCCCUCAACAAGAUCAAGCACCCCAUUAACGUGGUGCGCUGGACGCCCGAAGGCCGCCGUCUGCUGACAGCUUCUAGCAGCGGCGAGUUCACGCUCUGGAACGGCACGGGCUUCAACUUCGAGACCAUUAUGCAGGCCCACGACUCGGCUAUCCGCGCUCUAGCUUACUCGCAUAGCGACGACUGGCUGGUGUCGGCUGACCACGACGGCAUUAUCAAGUACUGGCAGCCCAACUUCAACAACGUCGAAAGCAUCCGCGGCCACCAGGACCCCAUCCGCGACCUGGCCUUCAGCCCCAACGACACCAAAUUCGUCACUGCCUCCGACGACUCGACCCUCCGAAUCUUCGACUUCGCCGCCGGCGCAGCCGAGUCAACCCUUACUGGCCACGGCUGGGACGCCAAAAGCUGCGACUGGCACCCGACAAAGGGCCUGAUCGUCUCCGGUUCCAAGGAUCACUUGGUGAAGUUGUGGGACCCUCGCACAGGCCGCUGCCUCACCACCCUGCACGGCCACAAGAACACCAUCACCAAGACCCUCUUCGAGCGCGUCCGGGGCCAAUGCCUAGCGACCUCAGCCCGCGAUCAAACCGCCCGUGUAUUCGACCUCCGCAUGAUGCGCGACAUCGUCCUGCUGCGCGGCCACGACAAGGAUAUCUCGACCCUCGCUUGGCAUCCCAUCCACAGCAACCUGCUCAGCACAGGCGGCUCCGACGGCGCCCUCUUCCACUACCUCCUCGACGAGCCGAACACUCCGCCUGGCCACUCAACUUCCAUCGCCCCCUACGACAGCCCCGACCCGCUUUCGACUCCUGCGCAGACGAUUUACCCCGCCCAUCGCAUCCCCUACGCGCACGACUUCGCCAUCUGGUCUUUGGAUUGGCACCCGCUGGGUCAUAUUUUAGCCUCCGGGUCGAACGACCGCAUCACGCGGUUUUGGGCACGCGCGAGGCCCGGUGAGGCAGACAAUUUCAAUUCGCGGUACCACAUCGGCGAGGCGGCGGCCGAGGCGCAAGGGACGUGGGAUCGUCGCGGGCAUAGACACAUGCGUCAGGCUGAGGAAGAACAAGAAUUGGAGGAUGAGAUGGAUGGGUUGGUCGACCAAAAGAUGCCGCUUAAGCAUCAGCGGGAGCAGAUGCAGCAACAAGCGGCCCAAGCCCAGGCCGCUGCCUCCCAACCGCCAGCUCUACCGGGUCUCCCUGGAAUCCCUGGGCUGCCGCAACCAUCGACUUCCUCUGCUGGUGCGCUGCCAGGUCUUAUUCCCCCUCCGCCCCCCAUCAUACCCGGCGUUGGUGCGGGCGCAGUCCCGCCCCUGCCGUUCCCCCUUCCCCCUCCAGGCACGAUACCUCCUCCUUUGCCAGGCUUGUUACCCUCCGCGGAUGGAAAGGGGACGCCAGACUUUGCAGCCAUAGCAGAGAUGAUGAAAAAAGCUGGCAUCAUGCCCCCUCUCCCGCCAGGGGGACAAUUACCCCCUGGUUUUGUGCCGCCUCCACCACCGGGAGCUGGGGCAGGGUUUGCGGGGCUGCCGGGGUUGGGGUUCCCCCCAGUACCAGGGUUUAUGAGUGAACAGCAGCAGCAGCAGCAGCAGCAGCAACAACAACAACAACAACAACAACAACAGGGCCAGAAAAGAGAGGAGGGAGGGAGUGGGAGUGGGAGUGGGGGGAUAAGAAAGAGGGCACCGCUGCCGAGUCAGGAGGAGAGCUUGAGGAUGGAGCAGAGUAGGGGGAAUUAUACUAGGCCGAGGUGA